GGGAUUUAUCGCGAGACAGUCGGCCAUUUUUACCGGUAGCUGUGUUUGUGAUAGGUUUGUUUGUUCAGCAAAUAGGAGUGAUAAUAAGAUUUUAUUGUAGGAUUUGUUGAUCAGAUUCAAUCAUGGCGUCAAGACAGAGUCGGAAGUCUAUGACGACGACGACGGUUACCCAGUCUACCUCGGGAGAAACGCCAAGAACCGGCGUCUCUCCAGGACGACGCGCACGCUCCCCAUCACCCGCCCGUAUCACGCGUUUGCAGGAGAAAGAGCAGCUUCAGAAUCUGAACGACAGAUUGGCGGCAUACAUUGACAGAGUUCGUUUCCUGGAGACUGAAAACAGCAGGUUACUUGUUCAAGUGAAAUCCACCGAAGAAACGGUAUCUCGCGAAGUGACAAAUAUAAAAUCUUUGUAUGAAUCGGAACUCGGUGAGGCACGCAAGCUUCUGGAUGAUACAGCUAAAGAGAAAGCGAAGUUGCAAUUAGACGCGAAUAAAUACAAGACAGAAGCAGAUGACUGGCAGUCAAAAUUUCACAGAAGAGACAGAGAUGCAAAAAAUGCAGAAAAGAAGAACUUGGAGCUACAGAGUCAGUUAGGCGAUCUAGAGGCCAAGCUUAAUGAUUCUGAAAAUAAUAAGAAAUAUGCAGAGGCUGAGGCAGCUCGUCUGCGUGGAGAAGUAGCCAAUCUGGAGAGACAGAUAAAGGAAUUGAAGAAACAGCUGGAAGAGGAGACAUUGAAACGUGUGGACCUCGAGAACAGAAUACAGAGCCUAAAAGAGGAGCUUGCUUUUAAGAGUCAAAUUUACGAACAGGAGCUAAGUGAAUCACGUUCACGAACCACAACCACGAUUGACGAAAUAGAUGCCGGAUUACGUGAAGAUUAUGACUCAAAACUUGCCGAUGCCCUUCACGAGAUGAGACAGGAGCAGGAUGAUGCAAUACGCCAACAGCGCGAAGAAGUAGAAGAGUUGUUUGAACGAAAGGUGAUUGAUCUCCAGGGAGCUUUGGACAGAAGUAUGUCAGUAGGCAACACAUCCAGAGAAGAUUACUUAAUUGUAAAACGUCGUGUUGAUGAACUGCAGUCCGAGGUCACAAAACUUAGGUCACAGAAUGCAGCAUACGAGUCUAGGAUCGAAGACCUGGAGAAUCAGUUGAGAAGUGAGCAGGAGUUGUUUGAGCAGAGGUUGUUACAGAAGGAUACAGAGAUUAUGGAUCUCCGUCAGGCUCUCGCCGAUCAGACACAGGAGUAUGCCGAUCUUCUGGAUGUAAAAUUGAGAUUGGAUAGUGAGAUUGAAGCUUACAGGAGGCUGUUGGAAGGAGAAGAGUCAAGACUGAACUUGUCAGCCACAUCAUCAGAAACGAGCACGCCUAAGAAAGGAAGGGGGACCAAGCGUAAGCGUGUUACUCUGGAUGUCAGUGAGUCAUCGAGCUCCAAGUCUGGUUAUGAAUACGAGUCAGAGGCAGCAGCUAAAGGUGCGAUAGAGAUCCAUGACACAGACCAUGACGGAAAGUUCAUAAAAUUGUUUAACACCGGAGAAGAGGACAUAACUCUUGGAGGUUGGAUGCUGAAGCAUGCUGCUGGAGAUAAAGAAACAGUUUACAAGUUUCACAGAAAUCUCAAACUGCCCGCAGGACACUUUGUUACUGUAUGGAGUUCAAAUGCAGGUCAGACACACAGCCCACCAACUGAUCUUGUGAUGAAGGGUCAGCAAUGGUUCACAGACGAUGAAAUGAAAACCACUCUACUUCAUGAUGAUCAGGAAAUGGCAUCUAGAGUGUUAAAGAAAACACAACGUAGAAUAACCAGAACUUACAGAACCCUGCGUGACGGGGACGAUGAAGUUGAUGGACGGGAAAAGUGCUCUAUAAUGUAAAGAGAAGGAACAAAUAGGCAGCUAUAUCUCACAGUCAGAUCAUCAUGCUUGGUGAACCAUCAGGGAUAGACACACUGUUUCACCAUAUCUACAUGACCCGAUUCCAUUAUUCUUCAGUCUUAUUUAUAGAUGUAGACUUGAAAAUGCGAAAAUACUCAUUUUGUUUUGGCCUCGUUAAGACUUACCUAUAUAGAUGGAACUUUGCUGAUUGGCGUUUGUUGAAACUUGCAAAGUUUCAUUAAGAUAUAUGCAGUCUUUUUUCGAAUAUAGGACUAAUAGAGUAUUUAGUAUUUUAAUGUCUUUCAAAUCUAAAUUUCAGUCUUGAAAAAUUGAUAUAUACAGGUCCAGUUUUUUUUUUCUGAUUGUGUAUUUCACAACAGAUAAAAAAUUUAUUGUCAUAUAUUUUUAUCUGAUGUUUUUCAGCGAUUUAUUGAAAUAUAAAAGUGAAAUAUAUUUGGUAAUUUUAUGUGAAAAAUAUCAAAUUUAUUUUCACUGAUUAUAUUUGUUAUGAAACUAUAAUAUUUAUACAAUUUUAUUAAAAGCCAAAAGAUAUGAAAUGAAAAGAUAAUUAGUUUGUGGAAUUUGAUCAAAAUAUACUUUCACAUGUUAAUACCAGAUAUAACAAAAAAAAAAAAAAAGUAUCUGGUGUGCACUUGGUGAAGGAUGUUUCUAUCUUAUUUCGAAAUAAACACAUACCUUGAUUAUUGAAACAUGAAAAUAAAAUGUGAUAGAGCUGAGAAAUAGUAAUAUUUUUGUGGCAUCAAAUUGUUUAUAUAUCUGAAUAUUGUGGAAAAUCUGUUAAAAAGUCAAAAAAUUCAUGAAUAAGUUUGAAUUUUACACAUCAAGUGUUCAGUUCAUGUAUUUCUCAUUUAUACUCAUUUCAGAUGUUUUAUAUAAUCAUCAUUGCAAUUUGUAUGAUAUUCAUAUUUGAGAAGAAAUGUUUUAGAAUGCUUUGCUAUGUAUUUAAAUGGUCAUCUGUGAAAUGGCAGUUACAGGCGAGGUUAAUAAAAAAAGUCUGCUAUGUGUAAGAACUAUUUUUCGUCCAGCUGAAUUUAGCCAGUCUUUAAAUAAUUUAUAGUGCACAAAGUAUUUGAUAGAAUUUUUUUUUCAUUUUAGACAGGGUUUAUGCAUAAAUGUUUUACUGUGCAUUUAUACCAAUGUUUGGAUAUUAAUUUCUGAAAACCUUUUUUAUAAAAAUGAAAUUAAGUUGCCCUGUAGAAAUUGAAGCAAGAUGAAGUUUUAUAAUUGUGUUUACAUGCAAGUACAUUAUAUGCCCACCGAUUUUGCAAUCGUUACUUGGUUUCCAUGCUACACAGAUUUACAAUUUUUUAGUGAGUUUCAAUAGACAAAAAGUAAAAGUAAGUUAUUUUUAAGACAUUUUGGCAAGGAUGUUUAUGUAUAAUGGUUGUGACAAUUUUAUGCGGACCAACUAAUUUAUGAUUAUAGUUGAGAUAGUUCCCAUGGUCCAUAGAAAAAGUGGAUGAUUUUCAUCUUUUUGUUGCCUGAAAUUGUAGUAAAUGGGAGGAUACAAAAUUGCUCAGAAAUCGAUGAGCUGUUGUCAGUAUAUGUUUAGUACUUUCUUGAUGACAUCAUAUGCAAAAUCAGUAGGAAAAAUAAAUAAAUGUCAGUUCACCACUUUCUGUUAGGAUGCAUUUAAAAUUUUGGCCUAGUUUUGUUUCUUGCCAGGUAAAAGAGUAGUAGAGAGUUAGAAGCCUUCCAGACUAAUUGAAUCUCAUUUAUUGAAGUUUUAUCAAUUUGUUGUACAUAAGUUUGUAUUUACUAUAGUUAGAAUACUAACCUUUUUAAGAGGGGCGAAAGUGCUUUAUUUAUACACAUUUGGAUGUCUAUUGCACGCACCCUUGAUAAUUAAAAUCUUUAUCUUGCAUCCAAUAAAAUGAAUCUGAUUUUCAUAUCAUACUUGAAGUUUUUGAAGGAUGAGAAAAACAGGAAAAAAUGUUCAUCUAUUAAUAAUGUUCUUAUAGUUAUAAAAUCUUUUCGGAAGGAAUGUUCUAGGUAAAUGUAGAAAUUUGUAGAAUAAAUCUGAUAAAAAUGAUUUUGGGUUAACUAUGUAAGUAGAAAUAGUUGAUGGUAUAGAAGAUAUAAUUAUUAAGUUAUAAAUGCUUGUUUUAUAUAUACAUAUAUAUUCAAUGUUGUGUAUUGUGCUGGAAUACAGUUACUUCACGAAAUAUGUGUAAAAUCUUAAAGAUUUUUUUUUGUAAUAUUUAAAAAGAUAUAAAAAAAACUGGCCUGUUAGUAGAUUUUACAUAUAUACCACUAGCAUAAAAAUGGGGAAAUAAAUGCAGAAAUUUUAUAAAAAUAUUUGUAAUUGUGAUGAAUAGGAAGUUUGUAGUCAAAUUUUAGGAUAUUUGGGUAAUUAUGAUUCUGAAGAAAUGUGGCAUUCAGAAAAGAUGCCGUAAUAAUGUAGAUAAAUUAUUGGGGAAACUUUAUUUUUGUGCUUUUGGUUUGCACAUUUUGAUUCAUAAAUAUCUGCCUAAUAAUUCGCAAAUUCAUGCUAUGAUAAUUGUUAACGUGCACCAAUUUGGUCAGUGGAAACAAAAUCUGUGUUUGGGAGUACUAAAUAUAUUUACAAAAAAAUGAAGAACUGUUUUCUUGUUAAAACACCUUUUUGUGCCUUACAACAAACCCAUUUUGUCAUAGAAAUAAAAAUACUGUCUGCACUGCAAAAAAAAAAAAAAAAAAAAAAAAAAUAAAAAAUAUAAGGAAGAAAAUUUGGAAGGUGAAUGUUAUAUCAUCUGUUAACUAUGUGAUUAUCUUGGUUGUCAUCCUGUAAAAUGCCUCACCUUUGUAAAUGUUUGCAGUGUAACAGUGUCCUUUGUUUUAAUCACUUUUUUGUAUUGUUUUUUGAUCAAUUAAAAUCUGUGCAAUUGUUUUCAUUUAUAUCGUUAUUAAAAAUGUUUAAAAUUGUUAGGAAAAUGUACAAGAAAAUUUCUAGUCCGUUGAAUUGUUUUUGGUAAUUACCCGUUUUCUUAGAAUUUUUUUGUUAAGAUUAUGAUGAAAAAGCAUAUUAUUUACAUUUUUUUUUUUUUUAAUACAGCCCUGAAAUGUUGAAAGUGACCAAAAUUGAUUUUUUCAGUUACUGCAUUUUGGCAUAAACUUGCAAAGAACAUUUGGGUAUUUAUUUCUUGUACCAGAUGCAUGACACUAGUCUUGCUGUUGUAAUUUUCUUUUAGCAAGGUUGUGUCAGUUUUUGCAGUGCUUACUUGAUACAUUUUGAAACCUAAAUCCAUUUAGCAUCAUUCUUUUUUGGUCAGUCUAAGAGUUCAUUUUGGGAAAAACAUACUACUAAGUAAGUCUGAUGUUAAAACUUUCUUUUUUUAGCAGAAAAAAAUCUUGCCACAAUUAUCCCAUUGUUCAGCAAUAAUUUUUCAUAGUCUUGACUUGAUUGAAAAGACCAUAAGUUUGGGGGCGGAGACAGCUUCGUUUUAAAUUGACAAAAAAGAUAAUUAUAUUGUGUUGCUCGGUGUUGUAUUGAAAAAAGUCCUCGUGACACAAGGUAGUGUUAGUAUAGAUUUUUUUUCUCCAUUUGCUUAUAAAUAUAUUACCACAUUCUGUAAUCGACUACAAUUAGUUUCAUUUGAUAUUUGCAGCAUCUUUAUAUUACCUUGUUUAUUAUGUUGAAUCAGAUUGUGAUUUUUUAAAGCUCUGUGUAUGUUUUGUUACUCCCAUGUUUUUAUAUCAUUUUGUUUUAUAUUUUUUGCUCGAAACAUUCACAUUUUUUGUGUUUUUAGCGACACUGCUCAUGAAAUAAAGAAAUUAGUGCAUAUAAAGUUUAGCUGUAGUUAAAUGUUUUUACGAUACGAGUGCAUGUUCUUACAAAUUUGGACCCUUUAAGGAACAGAUAACUCUGUUGGAAAUUGAAUAAUUGGCAUAUGAUUACAUGGUUUGUACUGGUUACACAUCCAGGAACAUAGACCAGCUUAGUAAAUUAGAUUUAGUGAUUUAGUCGCUGAAGCAAGUCAAUCUUCUAUGCAGAGGUCUCCCCUUAUAGUAAAAAAUGACAUUAAUAUACUGCUAGGAGGAAGUUACCAAUGAAUUCUAGUUUGAAUGCCAGUAUUUCCUGAAAAUAUUACACACAACUACGCUAUCAACAUCAGGUUGUGAAAAGGUCUAAAGCUUUCCAUUUAUUUCUUGAUAUUCAUAUUUUGAAAUGAAUGAGGCACCCAAUAUUUCAAAUCAUCUUCGGAAUUUUGCAUUUCUUUUGAUAGUUAUCACUAUUUAGAUAGAUUUAUAUUUCGUAAUGGCUUCCAUUAUUUUUCUUUAAAAAAAAAGCAGUUUUUAAUUGCUUAUGGAAUUUACAUGAAUAAUAAAAGGUAAUAUUUUUUCUGUCAAAUUUAAUGUCUUUUAUCAGCAAAUACAGUGGAACCCUUCUUGGAACCAAAAUGAAAAGCUUGUCCCUUUUGAUUCUGGGGUGUAUUGUAUAUGAAAAGAAUCAGACUAUUGUCUUACCCUUGUUUGACCAUAAGAGGCGACUUACAGGAUUUGAACACCUGGAUUUGCUGUAUCUCUGUGAUUCCAGCAGGUAUAAAUGUUUUGAUUCUGUACCUCAGAUUUUCAUUUUGAUGUAACUGAUAUGUGAAACCAAAAUUUUCAGUCCUAUUUGCUACCAUAAAAUAUGUACAGUGUUGGUGCACCAUAGAACACAAAUCGGCUAAAGAAAAGUCCAGUUCAGGGAUAACUUACUCUGACUUCCUGUCUUUGAAGGGUUCCUACCAAGAGGGGUUGCACUGUUCUAACAAGUCCCUGCAAAAUACCCAGCUUCUAUUUUUUUUAUUUCAAGCUAAUAUUAACCCUUUUUGUGUACUAUUUUUUUUCUAUCUAUAGGUUUUGCACUUUGGUGGUAGACUUGUCAUAUUCAAGCUUUUAUAUGUAAUAAAAUAUUUGUAACAAA